AGCCUGCUGACAGGUCUGAUGUACUACCGGCCCGAUGACCCCAUYGAAUACCUGGAGGGCUGCCUGAAGAAAGUCCGGGAGCUCGGCGGGACGGACAAGGUGCGGUGGGACACCUUUGUGGGUCAGGAGAAGAAGACUCUGCCCCCACUCAAUGGAGGCCAGUCYCGCAGAUCCCUCUUCAGAAAUGUGCUGCCCGACAGCCCCAACUUUCCCUACAGACGCUUCGACCGCCUCCCCCCCAUCAACCAGUUCUCCAUCGAGAGCGACUCGGACCUGUCGGAGACGGCUGAGCUCAUAGAGGAGUACGAGGUGUUCGACCCGUCCAGGCCGCGACCCAAAGUCAUCCUCGUCAUCGGCGGUCCCGGCAGCGGCAAAGGAACUCAGAGCCUGAAGAUCGCCGAGCGCUACGGCUUCCACUACAUGUCUGUCGGUGAGCUGCUGAGGAAGAAGAUGAUCCACAACGCCACCAGCAACAGGAAGUGGAGCCUCAUCGCCAAAAUCAUCACCAACGGAGAGCUGGCCCCGCAGGAGACAACAAUAACUGAGAUAAAACAGAAGAUUAUGAAGAUCCCAGAUGCUAACGGGAUCGUCAUAGACGGGUUCCCGCGAGACGUUGGGCAGGCCCUGUCCUUUGAAGACCAGAUCUGCACUCCGGACCUGGUGGUUUUCCUGGCCUGCACCAACCACCGUUUGAAGGAGAGGCUGCAGAAACGAGCCGAGCAGCAGGGACGACCCGACGACAAUCCAAAGGCCAUCGACCGCCGCCUGACCAACUUCAAACAAAACACCAUUCCUCUGGUCAAGUACUUCCAGGAGAGGGGUCUUAUCGUCACGUUGGACGCUGAUCGAGACGAAGAGGAGGUUUUCACUGACAUCGGCCUGACGUUGGACAACAAGCUGUUUCCCUCCAAAGAACCGGCCGCCGGUCCAAGUGAGCUGGACCUCAGUCUUCUGGGUGAAACAAGCAGCCUGUCAGAUGCAGCCUGCAGGAACGAUGAGGUUGAGGAAGAGGAGGACAUUGGGUUUGCUGAAGGAGCUUCAGAAAGUUAUUGCACAGAUCAGAAGAAACCAAAAGUCAUCUUCAUGAUGGGUGGUCCUGGUUCGGGUAAGGCCCUUCACUGCGAGCGGCUGGAGGAGCGGUUCGGCCUGAGACGCCUCACCCUUGGCGACCUGUUGUGCAGCGAGCUGCAGAGUCACAGCGAGAGGGGGCGCCACCUCCGGGAUGCUCUGGAGAGAGGAGAGAGAAUUCCUGAGAACACGCUGCUGGAGCUGCUGUGUGACGCCGUGGCCUCGUCGCUGCGACAGGGGAAGGGUCUCGUCCUCACCGGCUUCCCCAGAGACCUAAAGCAGGCCGAGGAGUACGAGGCCAAGAUUGAUGCUGAAAGGUCACCAAACGAAGCGUUCGCCCAGAUCUGCCAAGCCAUAGAGUCCUGUUCCACCUUCUGAUUUCCACUAUCACCCAAACUCUGAAGCUUCGCCCCUCUGAAGAAUCAUUGCUCCUCUUCCUCCCCCACAUAACCGGCACCGGCUUAUUGAACUCCAGUGGUUUGCAUGUCUCACCUGCAAUUAACCCCACCGAUACGUUUCACUCCACCCACCUCACAUCAACAUCAGUACCAACUGCCGGCCCGUGGGCCAGAACUGUACAGAGAACGUCUCCACUGUGACGGGGAGCAUGCUGAAUGUUCCACCAGGGGAGCGCAGGAAGGUUCUUUUUCCCGCCAUGCUAAAAAAAAAAAGUGGAAAUGUCAGUAUGUGUUCACUCUUUAUAUUGUAACAAGCAUGCAAAACUAACAGCUCAGCUUGAAAACUGCCUUUUGUGCGUUUGAUAAAAAAUCAUAAUAACAGUAAUAAUAAAGCUUUGGUAAGUUAUUAGGAACUACUACAUUUAUAUGUUUACAGGCUCAUUGUACGGGUUCUUGUUGGUAUUUAACAUUCAAUAAAUCCACUAUGUUUGUUUAC